UUUAGGGUUUUGUACCCCUUUAUUCCAUCUCAACUUUUCGAUGGCCGAUCAGAGGAAGAGGCACAAUGAAUCCGAUAUUCAAGCAAAAGAAACCCCUGAGCAAGAGCACGAGAAUCGGAAGAAGCAGAAGAAGUUUGAAGCAACUAUGGAGCCUUGGGAGCUCAAGGAGGGCAUGUAUCUCAAGAAGCAGAAGAAGAAAAUAGCUGAAUUAAGUAAACGUCUAAAGGAGAUGUGUGAACUUGUGAAAAAACUAGAGAAGAAGUCAGAUAUACGGGAGAACUCAUUGAAGGAUGCAUUUAUGGUUAAGUGGGAAACCAUUUUCGUCUUGGGAUUCAACUGUUCCUUUCCUAGGGAUGAAAUCAAGAGCUCAUUGAAACAACACUUCAGUUCUUGUGGACCGGUCACAGGGGUUUAUGUUCCUUUUCAUUGUAAAACCGGUCAUCCCAUGGGAGGCAGAGAAGGCGUUAAAACUCAAUGGAAGUUACUUGGGAGGGGAGUCUCUUUUUGUUACGAUGGCGAGAAAAAGAGACGAAUCCGCUUUCUUUACAAACUUGUGAACGUUGUCAUAGAGCUCGGAAGAAGCGCCAACUGGAACACUUCUAUAAGACUUCCAUUAAUGGUUUCGGUCCCUGAGGAGCCAUUCGACAACAUCGCUCUCAUAAACUUCUAUGCUUCCAAAGAAGGCCAUGAGGUCAAGUCUACUCUCAAAGCAUAUUGUGGUAUC